CCCGCGGAAAGAUUUCCACCGAGUAACAGCGCGUCCCCGCGGCUUCACGGCGCAAUUUUUUUAAGCAUAAAUCAGAAAUCCUCCUGGGAACAAACCCGUGUUCACACACACACACACGCACGCGUGGACGACGGACGGACUGACAUUUGGUAAACAUGGAUAUACAACCUCACAGCGCCGUUUUCUGUGUGACCUGCUGGUAAAAAAAAGAAGGUUCCGGUGAACAACACAUAUCUUUGUGUCAGGAAGUUUUGACGUACGCGGCUGACGAUAGUUUCUUGCUUUGUUUUGGUCGCUGAAAGUUGUGGUGGGCCGUCAAUGGCUGCAGAGAAGUGGAGUCUUUGAAAGAGACUGCGUUGCACAGAAAAGGGAAAAAGUCAGCACGGUUUUGUACGUGAAAACACCAGGAAGGAGGUUUUUUUUCCAACUUGUACUCGCGUCGCAAAAACAACAAAAACAUUGCUAAUUGUGUCAUAAACACAAACAAGUAGUACUUAAUUUAAUGUAAUUUCCUUUUUUGAACCAUAUUACUACUCUUACAGGCCUGUGUGUUCGUAUAUGAUUAAAAUUACGAGUUACAACGCGAGGCAAUUACAUCCUGUUCGGUCAUGGAACUGAAGAUCUUUGCACAGUAGUGUUUUGGACUCGGACCUGGCAACCCACAAAGAAAUUCUGCAAAGUUAGCAGGAAAAGAGGCCGUCAAAAUCACCAAAACCGCACGUUAUUUUUUUUCCUCCAGCCACCCGUUGCUUACAAAUGGAUUUUAUACAGGCCACACGGUUGUUGUUACACCUUUUUUGUCGGUAGUUUUAUGCUCCGUGUCACACAAUGUUAUGGAAAUGUGACUUUCCCGCAAACGCGAGGCUGCACGGGAGCAGCAACGGCAGGGUCAGUCUGAUGUAGGGCAAACCGUCGGAACAUUUUCUGUGUUGGACUCACAGCUGAUCGUUCUUAAAACUGUCUGCUACAACUUUCCACUGACGAAUAAGAAGAAAAAGAAGAACCCCCCGGUUACCUGGGGGGUCAGCCCCGCCAAUGGCACCAUCACACACGCAUACACUCACCGGUGUGUCGGUGUGACCGAGGAUAUCGAUGGACUUGGAAGUACGCGUGGACCUUCUGCGUCAUCUCUGCCGUGAGAACCGGUAACUCGGACUCGGUUACACGCGGGACAAGCCCUGUCCUGUCCUGACCGAGGUUGCCAAGGCGACAGGCUGCAGCACAACAGAGACGGUGUUUCUGAAGAACCGACUUGUGGAGCACGUACAGAAAGUUCACCACAAUGAACGAGAGGCAGGCUCUCCACUCGAUAAUGAAGGACCUGGUUGCCCUCCAGAUGACGCGGCGCCAGCCUGUGUUGUCUUAUGACAACAGCAAACCCAAGACACCGGCUCAGACCAAGAGACAGGAUGAUGUCAGGAUAAAGUUUGAGUUCUCAGGAGAACGAAGGAUCCUGGUGUUUGGACGGCCGGUGCAGUUUGAGGAAAUCCAGCAGAAAGUUAAGACUGUGUUUGGGCAGCACUUGGACCUGCAUUAUAUGAAUAAUGAGUUGUCCAUCUCUCUGCGAGGUCAGGACGACCUGGACAAGGCGAUCGACCUGCUGGACCGGAGCUCUAACAUGAAGAGCAUUAGGAUCCUGCUGCUCACCCAGGAGCAUGGCAAUGCGUCCUCCCCCUCACAUCAUGUGGUGUGUAAACAGGUGAGGAUUAAGUCCUCACAGUCUACUGGAGACAUGAGCACGGUGUACCAAUCCACUGAACCCAGAGGGCGCCACCUAUCAACGGGUUCUCAGAACACGGGGCGUAGCUCACCACCACCUGGCUAUGUGCCCGAGCGCCAGCAGAGGAUCGCCCGCCAAGGUUCAUACACCAGCAUAAACAGUGAGGGAGAGUUCAUCCCUGAGACCACCGAUCAGUGUGUGCUGGAUCCAUGGAGCAGUGCAGAGAACUCUGUGUCUGGUAGCUGUCAGUCUCUGGACAGCAACACAGACAGCCCCUCACUGAGGAGGUCUCGCAUGCACAGAGCCAAAAGUUACACCGAUAAUCGUCAGGAGGGCUCCGACAGGGAGAAUAAUGUGUAUGACAGGGUAGCUGGAAAGGGAGGCACCUAUCCUCGUAGGUACCAUGUCUCCCUCCAUCAUAAGGACCACAGUGAAGGUCGUCGAACAUUUCCACGCAUCCGUCGCCCCCAGGGAAACCUUUUCACUCUUGUGCCUUCACGCCGGUCACUCAAUGGCAGUGAGGAGAGUGUGGGCAGCUGGCAGCUCGUGGAUACUCAGGGCAGACUCCGUCCUCAGGAUCGCUCUGUUGCCCAUAAGUCACCCAGUGCUCCAGUGACAUGGCGGCGUGGUAAACUCCUGGGUCAGGGGGCGUUUGGACGGGUUUACCUGUGUUACGAUGUGGAUACUGGGAGAGAGUUGGCUGCUAAGCAGGUCCAGUUUGAUCCUGAAAGUCCAGAGACCAGCAAGGAAGUCAGUGCUUUGGAGUGUGAAAUCCAGUUGCUAAAAAAUCUGCAUCACGAGCGCAUCGUUCAGUACUAUGGCUGCCUGAGGGAUCACAAUGAGAAGACGCUCACUAUUUUCAUGGAGUAUAUGCCUGGGGGUUCAGUCAAAGACCAGCUGAAGGCCUAUGGGGCCCUGACUGAAAACGUGACCCGGAAGUACACAAGACAGAUCCUGGAUGGCAUGUCCUAUUUACACAGCAACAUGAUCGUACACAGAGACAUCAAAGGUGCCAACAUCCUACGGGAUUCAGUGGGCAACGUGAAGCUUGGAGAUUUCGGUGCCAGUAAGAGGCUUCAGACCAUCUGCAUGUCUGGCACUGGCAUCCGCUCAGUGACCGGCACCCCCUACUGGAUGAGCCCAGAGGUGAUCAGUGGAGAAGGCUACGGCAGGAAAGCUGAUGUCUGGAGCCUUGGUUGCACAGUGGUGGAGAUGUUGACAGAAAAACCCCCAUGGGCUGAAUAUGAGGCCAUGGCAGCCAUUUUCAAGAUCGCCACCCAGCCCACCAACCCUCUGCUCCCCUCGCACACCUCCGACCAGGCACGGGACUUUAUCCGCUGCAUCUUUGUGGAGGCCAAACACAGGCCGAGUGCCGAGGAGCUGCUCAGACAUCCCUUCUCCCAGAUCCUGUGAUGAACCCGUCCGGUUUCUGACCUAAACCACAGAGAUGCUUCAGCUGUAUCUGUAGCUUCCUUGGAGACCCAUCUGUGACAGACGUCCUGAUGGGUAACUGACCUGUAUGUCAAUGUUCCGCCAAGUGACCGUCAAAGGAGAGUCGGUGUUCGCUCAGACAAAUCUAAAGAAGAUGCAGUUUGACAGCUGCAGUUGACACAAUGCCUUGAAAACCAGUGUAAGUCCUUUCUCAUACCAAAGUCACCACAAGGGGGAAACAUAAUACAGAUUAAGUGACUGGUGGUGUGUUGAUUUUUGUUAGAUACACACACAGAUGUGCACACUCCAUAUGUAGCUUCACUGAGUCAUAGCUCAUGCACCAGUUGAAUCUUGAUCAAAUAUCCACUCCUGUGUUUACAUUCACUUGUUGGGAAGUUAGGAGAAAUACCAGGACGCCUCAAGUGUUUGACUUUCAAAUUUAGAGCAGGUCUACAUCUCAAGUGUCCCCAGUGGAUGUUGACCACUCCUGGUGCACUACAGUGUUAACUGAAUGAGUCGUUCUCUGCUUGUUUUUUCCCAAAUUUGGCAAUUUUCUGCUACUUUCUGUCCAUCUUCUUCUUUGGAAGAAAGAAAACUCCUCCCGUACAGUUAAAGAUUGUUUAAAGCUCUUUAAAUUAGAUUUGAUACAGUUUGAACACCAAUGAAGUAAAAUCACAUAGAGUUAUGUGUAGAGUAGCUACACUGGCGUUUUAUUGCAAAUUAAAGUUUAGCUCAUGAAAAAAAACAGUGAUAAAUUAGCUUAGUUUUAGCCCCGGGAAAUCAGUUACUUUGAAAGUAUUUCAGGAAUCUUCAGUGUUAUUUUAACCAUCAGAAUUAGAAAUGAUGUCGUUUCUCGAGUUGUGAUCACGUUUCCUCGCCAGGUCACACGUCAUGACAAAUGUACUUACUUUCUGGACAACACAAAGAAGUAUAAAAGUGUGUAUAUAUAUUUCUGUAUACACAGUGCUUAGCAAAUUUAUUACACCACCAUAAUGCCAUAAAUAUUUUAGAAAUCUUUCAGAAACUUGUUAUUUAUUUGGCAUAUAACAAACUGAAUUCACCUUUUUAUACCUAAAAUAAUGAAAUAAUGUGCUUUACUGUUUUUUAUUCUGGGGGUUUUUGUAAAACAGUACAUUUGGAAAUUUGUGAAUAACAAUAAUAACAUUUUAGCAUUAUGAUAAUAUAUUGGUUAAAGAGCUUCUACAUACUGGUAUAUUAACCAUUACAGAAACAUAAAAAUUACAUAAAACAUUACUUACAUUGGGUCAUUUAUAACUUUCGUCUUUGUUUUAAUAAGGAAACUGCCGCAACUUGGGAAACGCAUAAUUAAAAGCCUUAAUAAUUAGGCAGUGAAAGGAUAUCAAAGCUCAGUCUCAAACUUCAAGUCAAAAAUCUUGUUCAGUGAACAAAAGAACCUCUUUUUUCACGGUCAGUGUUAUUUCUUCCAUUCACAUGUAUAACUAACUUGUUAAACCUCAAUACACUUGAAUAAAUCAAUAGAAUAGUCACAUUUCAGGAUAGACAACAAAUAAUCAUGUCGAGUAAGACAAUGCCGUUUAAAUAGGAGCCUAACUUUCAUUCAGGAUUUUGUCAUUUUUUUAAGUGUUUCGUCCAGUUUUUGUUCUACCUGUUGCCUCAGUGUGCCUUUCAACACCUGCCAUCUCUCUGUCAGUCUCUCGCAGCUCUUAAGUGUCACAAGUGUUCUCAGUCCACAUAGUGCCAAAAAAGGAGCAGAUACAGGAUGGAUUUAUGUGUGACGCAGACGAGAGAAAAGGCUUUCAUUUGUGUCAUCCAUUGCCUUUUGUUUAAGAUCAGACAACCCUGCCAGAGUCUGCCUCAGUCUGAGGAUCAAUUUUAAAUCGGAUGCACUUUUGUAAAAUGAAUGUUGUUCACAGGGUUUUGUUCUCGUUACCAAAUUUGACUUUUUUUGUUUUUUUUAAAAAAACAUUCAGAAAAUGUGAAGUGUUUAUUUAUACCCCCCCAUGUCCAUUCCAAUUAGAUUUUUUAAGCAAAUAUAUAUAUGAAUAAAUAUAUUUUUUAUAUUUAGACAGUGUCAGAUCUAGUGAUACUUUGAAGACGUGGUGUCGUACAAAGUAAAUCAUAGAAAGCAGCUGGUUUUGCAGACAGUACAGAAAUGGGGUUUAUUAAUGACUAAUGGGUGGAAAACGAACUCUGGCGGCAUGGCUCAUGUUCCCACUCAAGGAGAAGAAAAAAAAAAAAGUUUCCACACAUCCUCAGCUAUGCAUUUAGAUGAGAUUAUUACCUGACAGGUUUUGGAAACUGAACAUCAUUUAGCUGUAGUACUUUCUCAUAUCUCUGAGGUCUCAUGAAUGAAACCUUUUUAAAGGCUUGAUUUACAAAAGAAAUUGCUAGGAAUAUUUAUGACUUAAUCUGUGUGUGUGUGUGUGUGUGUGUGCGAGACAAAACAGCGAGCAGGUUCAGAGCCAGUGCUGGAUGUCAGAGUUCGCUGUUCAACCCAGUUGACGACUUUUUUUAUCCCAGGGUUUGGAUGAUGAGUCCACUAGUAACCAGUUUUCAGGGCAAAAGGUUUUGCAGCUGCCUUAAGACUAACAUGAGAAUAUUACUAUGAGCUGCUAAAGGCUAAAUGCAGCUAGAACAGUGUUAAAAAAACCAAAAAAACAACGGUGGCCUUCUAAGAAAAAAAGGGCCCUGGGAUAAUCAAAUGAAAACUAGUUGUUAGACAUCUAUAUAUGUUAUUGUAUGAUUGUGUAUCAUGACGGGACUUGCAGUGCAAAGUCUAAUAUAUCAAAUUUGUUUUACAGCCAUAAAAGAAUAGUAUGUUUAAUGACAUGA